AUGUCUGCUCUAGUCCAUGACUCUCCUGACCGAGCCGUCACGGCCAUCGAGCCUUUGACAGGAAGUGACAACUUCGCGACCUGGAAACGUCUCAUGACCUCCUAUCUCAAAGCUAGGCAGGUAUGGGUUGUCGUGUCGGGCGACCUUCAGCGUCCCGACUGUCCAUUCAAGUACGCCAAACCUAUUACGGCGGACAUCCACCCCUUGGUGGAGCCCCACCUCAAUGGGGCGGUGAGGCAACGAGCUAUUGAAGCGCGCCUCGAAGUGGAGGUCCAGGCAUUCGAGCGCCACCGUGAAUGGCCGCGCCGUGAAGUCGAGGCCUACCACACCAUCUUCCGGUACCUGUCCCCCCACAUCAGCAUUCAUGUCGCGGGACUAGAGACAUCCCGUGACCUCUGGAAUGAACUUGAGGAACGAGACCGGCGAAUGGAACUCGCCACCUUCUGCGAAUUGUUUGCUCAACUUCGCGAGACCACCGGCGACCGAUGCGCCAGUGCGCGUGAGUUUGUUGAUCGCGUACGGCUGCUCGUACAUCGGUUGAAUGCCAUUGCUCCAGGAUCAAUCGGUGACAAGACACAUAUUGCAAUUCUGCUCACGCAGAUCGGACCGGAAUACAUCCUGGUUGUGGAUGCGAUCCAGAAUGACAAGGAUCCGGUCAACCUGACCACGAUCGGAAAUCGGCUGUCCAACGCCGAGCAGACGGUCCGACGAAAGGAGUCUCCCGCGCCCCCACAGGGAGUCCCAGGACCGUCAAUCAAUGCAGUGCAGAGAAAUCCCAAGAAGUGUACCUACUGCAAGAAGCGCGGCCAUGUGGUCGCGGAGUGCUGGAAAAAAAACAGCGCGAAAUACACCCGCCUAGGGACUAUGCCCUGA